CUGGCAUUUCCGACUUGCUAUCUGGUUGAACGCGGCACUUGUAUAACUAGCUACAACCAGUUAGCAAGUCGGACAUUUCAGAGUUCCGACUAGUACGUGAAUGCGGCAAGACAGACCUUUGCGCGCCGCCUGUCUCUACGUAGGUCACAGAGUUUAAACUCUGUACUGUCUUUGACGUCGGUGUCGUUGGCCUGCAAGUGGCUUUAACUGUAAAACAUGGCGAGGCUUAGCGAGCAUGGGAUUCGUCUCAGUUCCAUGAGUCCGUCCUUCCUGAAUAGUAAUUCAACAAGUCAUACGUGGCCUUUCAGCGCAGUUGCAGAACUAAUAGAUAAUGCAUCAGACCCGGGCGUGACAGCCAGGCAGAUCUGGAUAGAUGUGGUGGAGGAGCAGCAGCAGCUUUGUCUGGCCUUCACUGACAACGGCAGCGGUAUGACCCCCAGCAAACUGCACAAGAUGCUCAGUUUUGGUUUCACAGAGAAAGGUUCUGGUAAGGGCAGCCACCUGGCCAUCGGUGUCUAUGGAAACGGCUUUAAGUCUGGCUCCAUGCGUCUGGGUCGUGACGCUCUGAUCUUCACUAAGAACGGAGGCUGUCUGACUGUCGGCAUGCUGUCUCAGAGCUACCUACAGGCUAUAAAGGCACAGGCUGUCAUCGUCCCCAUAGUGCCCUUCAACCAACAGACCAAGGUGCUGGUAGUGACUGAGGACUCUGAGGCCAGUCUGAAUGCCAUCCUGACCCACUCUCUGAUCCACACCCAGCAGGAGCUGCUGAAGCACUUUGACUCCAUCCUCUCCAAGAAGGGCACCAAGAUCCUCAUCUGGAACAUACGCAGGAACAAAGAUGGUAAGCCGGAGCUGGAUUUUGAGACAGAUGAGUUUGACAUCCGGAUGCCAGAGAUCCACUCAGAGGAGACCAAGACUAGAGGCAAGAAGAAGAGCUUCCCUGGACCGCAGAGGACUGACCACACUAUCCCAGAGAUGGACUAUUCCCUGAGAGCCUACCUCAGCAUCUUGUACCUGAAGCCUCGGACUCAGAUCAUCCUGCGACAGAAGAAGGUUCAGACCAAGCUGGUUGCCAAGAGCCUGUCGCAGAUCGAGAACGACGUUUAUAAACCCCAAUUCAAUAAAGACAGGGUUAAGGUCACCUUUGGGUUCAACCGUAAAAACAAAGACCACUAUGGUAUCAUGAUGUACCACAAGAACCGCCUCAUCAAGUCCUAUGAGAAAGUUGGCUACCAGAUCAAGUCGUCAGGUCAGAGGGCAGGGGUCGGGGUUAUUGGGGUCAUUGAGUGCAACUUCCUGAAGCCGGCUCACAACAAGCAAGACUUUGAAUACACCAAAGAGUACAGGCUGACCCUGUCUUCCCUGGGGCUGAAGCUCAACGACUACUGGAAUGAGAUGAUGGAGAAAAGGGCGAGAGAACGAGAGUUCCUGGCAGCGGAGAAGAGGAAUGAGGUGGAAGAUUCGGAUGAGGAGGAGGAGGAAGUGGAGGAGAGUCCAGUGUGGCUGCAGUGUGAGGACUGUCUGAAGUGGAGGCGUGUCCCAGAAGGCCAUUACAGCUCUACCCCAGAACACUGGAACUGCAGCCAGAACCCCAACACCAUGCUCAGGAGCUGCUCUUUGCCAGAGGAAGCAGAGGAGAGUGAAGAAGAGUUAACGCCAAGCUACCAGAAGAAGACCUACAAGAAGGACCAAGGCCUGGUCAGAAAACGAGGCCGUCCACGGAAGCUACAUGUCCUCCCCCAAGGCCUGUCUGAACCGGUCCUCCUCCGCCCUCUACCCCCUGAUGCCCCCCUCCCUCUGUCUGAACCGGUCCUCCUCCGCCCCCUACCCCCUGAUGCCCCCCUCCAUCUGCUCACAGAGGAGACUGAGGACAGCGAGCUGAAUAAGACAGUGGCUACACUGGUGGCCGCUUUGGAGGAUGAAGAGGACAACAUGGCACAGUCCAAGUCUGGGUCAGACGCAUGCGCACCCACACGCGCAUGCAAACGCACAUACAGCAAUAAGCGUAAGUCAAUAUGGCCGCCCAGGGACAUGGACAAGCGACCACAACCAUGGGCGGAGCCACACCCGUUCGCUGACGAGGUCCAAGAGGUGCAACAACCUGGGAAAGACGUCUACGGACCACAGACACUGACUGGACUGACGGACAAGACCAAGGGGGAGAAGGCACUACUGGGGGCCACCAGAGUAGGCCCUUCCCAGCCCAGCUCCACCCUUGCCUGGCCUCCCUCCCUCCCCUCAGCCCAGACAGUGGUGGUGUCCCCCCUGAGUCGUCCGGAGGGUCCCUGGCCCCGGACUCUGACCCUGGAGGGGGCUGGGUCAGACAGGGGAGCCCUGGUCCAGAGACUGGCUGGACUGGAGAAGGAGGCUCAGAGGCUGAGGAGGAUACUGGGUUCCACCGCACCCCCAGCGACGCAGGACACCGUGGUGAUGACAGAGGCUCCCUCUGGGGAUAAGGCAGCUGGUGGGGAUAAGGCAGCUGGUGGGGUGGCGGCAGAGACACCGGUGGCCAUGGUAAUCAAACUGGACCAAAAGGAGUGUGAGAGUGCAUCAUCCCCUGGUGGCCAAGUGGUUCCAGGGCUGGUUGUGGACACUGUCCAGCCCCAGAGAGAACAGCCUGAGCUGGGCAGACUAAGGAGGGAGAAGGCUGACCCCCAGAGCAGGCUGAGACAGACUGACAGCCCAGUGACCAGGGACCAGAGCUCCCGCAUUGUGCAGGAGAAUCUCCACAAAAUCCGAGGGAAUGUGGUGGCUCUGCUGUCAGCCAUCCUGCCCCACCUGGAUCUGCAGGGCAUCAGCCUGGACACGCCAGACGUAGACAGCAUCCUGCAGCAGAUCAUAGACGCCAACUCACUGUCUCCACUCUAGAACCCACUCUCAGCGCUCUAGAACCCACUCUCAGCGCUCUAGAACCCGCUCUCAGCACUCUAGAACCCGCUCUCAGCACUAGAACUCACUCUCAGUGCUCUAGAACUCACUCUGCGUUAGUACUUAUUCUCACCAGUCUACCGUAGGUAACAUAGUUUCCUUGUUCAUACCAACCUUGAACCCCUAUGGCUCUGGUGCAAUGUCCACAAUACAUUAUCCACACACUGACACAUUGUAACUGCUGACCCUCCAAUAGCCCUACUGACUGGCACAUUGCAUUAUCCCAACUGACUCUCACAUUGUAAAUACUUUAUCUCCAAUUGACCCUGCCUCAGUUCAGAUGUGUUAUACUGUACUUGCUGAGUGUGAGAUGUUGUUGAAAAGUUGUAAUACUGUAUUCAGAUCAGCUUUCUAUACUGUAUGUUUUACCUUCACCAUAUUGGUAACCAGCGGUCUCUGCUUCAUUUAUCCUCAUGUGUUAUUACUUGUCAGUCAGAGACCCUGGCUUGUGUGAGAGAAGCUGAGAAGCAUAUUACUGUUUGUUUUUCAUCAUUGCUGCUGUUUUUAAUAUGUUUGUUAAUUGUUUUGUCAUUUUAAUAUCUUUAACUGUGCCAUGAAAAAUUCAAAAUACUGUAAGGCUGAACUUAACCAACCCUGUCAUUACAAUGUUUUAUCAUUCUACCAUUUGUUUGCUUGUAUAUCUUUUUAAAGAAAAUCUACCAGA